AUGACGCCCGACGCCAUGUUACCAAACGUCAACGACGAAGAAAACCUUGAUUACCAGCGUCUGAAGCCCUUGCUCACAGUGUGCUUAAAGUUCGCCCAACUUCCCAGUAGCAGCGGCACCGGUGGCAACGCAAGCCCCAGCAAAGGCGCCGACAAAAUGGCCGGGCAGGCCACUGCUUCUAAUGGCGGCGGCGGGGGUGGCAGUGGUGGUGGCCCAUCACCAAGUGACUCGAGCUGCUCGCUGCUCCCUGAGGAGACGAUCGCGGAGCUACGAGAGGCUUUCGCGCUUUUCGACAAGAAAGGGAGUGGCACGAUCAGCACGAAAGAGCUCGGCAACGUGAUACGCGCCCUCGGCCAAAACCCAACCGAGGCCGAGCUCAAGGAUAUGAUUGCCGAGGUGGACACCAAUGGCAACGGCACCGUCGGCUGUUCGGAGUUCAUUGCCAUGAUGAACAAGAAAGCGCGCACUGCAGACACCGAAGAUGAAAUGCGCGAGGCUUUCAGAGUGUUCGACAGGGACGGAAACGGAUUCAUCACUGCAGCUGAGUUGCAACAGGUCAUGAGCACCUUGGGCGAGAACCUGACGGACGAAGAAGUUGACAACAUGAUACGGGUAGCCGACAUGGACGGAGAUCGACAGAUUAAUUGUGAAGAGUUCGUUGCCCUAAUGAAGUCAACAUAG